UUAUAGUGAUUUUUUUUGGCAGAGCCUCGUUUUCAUAUGAAAGUCUCACACGUGCCAACGACGUCUCUUCCUUUUAGUCGUACGGUGCUCCGUCGGGCAGAAUAAAUAAAAAUGAAGACGAUUUACGCUGACCAAACUGUGAACGUGCCGGAGGGAGUGACAGUAAAAGUUAGUUCAAGGCGUGUAACAGUUACUGGUCCUCGCGGAACCCUGUAUCGCAACUUCCGACACCUUUUCAUCACAAUUACUCUGCCUAGGAAGAACCUCGUCAAAGUCGAAAAAUACUUCGGUAAGAGGAAAGAAUUGGCCGCUGUGCGCACUGUUUGCACUCAUAUUGAAAAUAUGAUCAAAGGUGUUACUAAAGGGUUCCGUUACAAGAUGAGGUCUGUCUAUGCCCAUUUCCCAAUUAACGUUGUGGUAUUGAAUAAUGGUAAUGCCGUUGAAAUAAGAAAUUUCCUUGGAGAGAAAUUUGCCCGGCAUGUGGAAAUGUUACCUGGUGUUCUCUUUUCCGUAUCGACGGCGCAAAAGGAUGAAUUCGUCUUAGAAGGAAAUGAUAUCGAGUUGGUUUCCAGAUCAGCUGCCCUCAUCCAACAGUCAACAUCAGUGAAAGAAAAAGAUAUAAGAAAGUUCUUGGAUGGCAUUUAUGUUUCCGAGAAAGGUACAAUACAGGAAUAAAUAAUGUUGGACAGUGUGAACACGAACUUUAACAGAACGUUUCAAACAUUGUCUGAUGAAAUAAAGUGGAGUGAACUAUCUUUAAUAA